ACCAGUAUGAUGUGGAGGGGAGGCUCACCCCUAGUUCACCUCGGGAGAAAUGGCUCGCACGGUCCUGGUAGCAUCUGCAGAUGUCUGCCCAGGGUCCGGCUUGUGGCCACAAGGUCUGGCUGAACCGAACCUACGCGGCGAACGACCUGCAUGCAGCAAAUGAAUAUUUCACCAAGGAUAUCAAACGGGUCAUUAGCGUACUGGACAGCCAGCUUCGCCGCCGCAAAGGGCCGUUCCUUCUUGGACCGAACAUCUCUUAUACGGAUCUGACCUUUGUCCCUCAUUACUUGAUGCUGUCUCUGUUUGUGCCUGGGUACGACCCAGCUAUUGAGCACCCAGAUUUUGCAGCCUGGUUGGAGAGGUUGAAAAGCCGGCCGUCGGUCCAGAAGAUUGUUGCAGUUAAAGAGGAGUUAGGCAAAAGGACAAUCAGUUAUUAGGUGGCCUGAC